AUGACGGUGGGGAAGGCGCUACCCGUGGCGGGGGAGGAGCCCGCGGCGCGCGCCCAGGGCUUCUACUUCUACGACAAGCAGGAGUCUUACACCUCGUGGUUUGGUUUCUCCAUUGUCUUCAACUCCACGGCGCACAAGGGCACCAUGAACCUCGUCGGCGCGGACCUCAUGGAUGACAAGACGCGGGACCUCUCCGUCGUCGGCGGCACUGGCAAUUUCUUCAUGGCGCGCGGCAUCGCCACGCUCCGGCUCGAUGCCUCCGAGGGAACCGUCUACUUCCGUCUGCAGAUGGACAUCAAGCUCUACGAGUGCUACGUCUGA